AUGGAUCGUAGUUGGAUGAAAGCUGAUAGAUUAGGUCCGAUAUAUGAGAAAGGAGUUCUUGAAUUCCUUGAACACGUUGAUCAAAAUCUUCCUGACAAUAAUGAUAUCUUUUAUUGUCCUUGUGUUAAUUACGGGAAUAUAAAUAAAGGUAUGAAGGAUGAGAUAUUACAUCACCUAUGUUGUGAUGGUAUAUGUCAAAAUUAUACAAUAUGGACGUGGCAUGGUGAGGUGGAAAAAAAUAAAAAACCUGCGCCACAAAGUCACGAAGUUGACGAAGAUGAAUAUAUGGAUGACCGUCUUGAAGAUAUGUUAUGUGAUAUUGGAUAA